AUGCGUCUACAACCAAAAACCAUCAGCCUCUCCUCCCGCCACGUGUCCCCCCCACCCGCUCCCGCCACUUUCAAACCCCACUUCCCCUUUGACCGCCUCUCCCGCCACCUCCUAUAAAUCUCCCCAUGAUUCCUCCCUCCCAUUCCCCACCUCACCUCACCUCCUCCUCCACCUCCUCGAAAUUAUUCGAAUCCAUCUCCUUCUCCCUCCUCCCAACCCGCGCCAAAUCGAUCGAUCGCGAGCGAUCUUGGCCGCGUCUCACCAAUGGCGUCCUCCGCGCCUUCCGCCCCCGGCCUCGCGCCGGUCGCCAAGCCGCCGCCGCCGCCGUCCAAGGUGAAGGUGGCGACAGCAACCGUGCCAACCAAUGGCAAGAUCAAGCAGGGUGCGAGGCCAAUGCGUGUCUCGGCGCCGCCGGUGGAGCCGCGGCGGCGGAUGAACCCGCUCCAGCGGCUGGCGGCGGCGGCGAUUGACGCCGUGGAGGAAGGCCUCGUCGCCGGGUUGCUCGAGCGGGGGCACGCGCUGCCGCGCACCGCUGAUCCGGCCGUGCAGAUCGCCGGGAACUACGCGCCCGUCGGGGAGCGCCCGCCGGUGAGGGGGCUGCCGGUGUCCGGCCGCCUCCCGGCGUGCCUCGACGGGGUGUACGUCCGCAACGGCGCCAACCCGCUCCACGCGCCGCGCGCCGGGCACCACCUGUUCGACGGCGACGGGAUGCUGCACGCCGUGCGGCUCGCCGGGGGGCGCGCCGAGUCGUACGCGUGCCGGUUCACGGAGACGGCGCGGCUGCGGCAGGAGCGGGAGAUGGGACGCCCCGUGUUCCCCAAGGCCAUCGGCGAGCUCCACGGCCACUCCGGCGUCGCGCGGCUUCUGCUGUUCGGCUCGCGCGCGCUCUGCGGCGUGCUCGACGCGUCCCGGGGCAUCGGCGUCGCCAACGCCGGCCUCGUCUACCACGACGGCCGCCUCCUCGCCAUGUCCGAGGACGACCUCCCCUACCACGUCCGUGUCACCCACGACGGCGACCUCGAGACCGUCGGGAGGUACGACUUCCAUGGGCAGCUCGACGCCGACGGCACCAUGAUCGCGCACCCCAAGCUCGACCCGGUCACCGGCGAGCUCUUCGCGCUCAGCUACAAUGUCGUGUCCAAGCCGUACCUCAAGUACUUCUACUUCACCGCCGACGGCCGCAAGUCCCGAGACGUCGACAUCCCCGUCGGCGCGCCGACGAUGAUCCACGACUUCGCCGUCACCGAGAACUAUGCCGUCGUCCCCGACCAGCAGAUCGUGUUCAAGCUCCAGGAGAUGGUGCGCGGCGGCUCGCCGGUGGUAUACGACAGGGAGAAGGCGUCGCGGUUCGGCGUGCUCCCGAAGCGCGCCGCCGACGCGUCGGAGCUCCGGUGGGUGGAGGUCCCCGGCUGCUUCUGCUUCCACCUCUGGAACGCGUGGGAGGACGACGCCACCGGCGAGAUCGUGGUCAUCGGCUCCUGCAUGACGCCGCCGGACGCCGUGUUCAACGAGCCGUCGCAGUCGCCGGAGGAGGAGAGCUUCCGCAGCGUGCUCUCCGAGAUCCGCCUCGACCCGCGCACCGGCGUGUCGCGGCGGCGCGACGUGCUGCGCGACGCCGCCGAGCAGGUGAACCUCGAGGCCGGCAUGGUGAACCGGCAGCUGCUCGGCCGGAAGACGCGGUACGCCUACCUCGCCAUCGCCGAGCCAUGGCCGAGGGUGUCGGGCUUCGCCAAGGUGGACCUCGAGAGCGGCACGGCGGAGAAGUUCAUCUACGGCGAGGGGAGGUACGGCGGCGAGCCAUGCUUCGUUCCGCGCGCCGGCGCCGCGGCGGAGGACGACGGCCACGUGCUGUGCUUCGUCCACGACGAGGAGCGCGGCACGUCGGAGCUGGUGGUGGUGGACGCCGGCAGCGAGGCGAUGGAGGAGGUCGCGGCCGUGAAGCUGCCGGGGCGCGUGCCGUACGGAUUGCACGGCACCUUCAUUGGCGCCAACGAGCUGCAGCGACAAGCUUAGCUCAAAUUAAUUAGCCAGUGAAAAAUCAAAUUACAGAGUUGCUUAAUUUUUUUACUAGUAGAACGCAACAGUAAAAAGAAUUAACAGCAGUGAAUUAUUAGUUAAUUAGCUAGGGAGUUGAAAUAGUUUAGCGGUCAUGCACUACUGAUUUUUAAUUAGUGCAGACAACGACCGCGUGUGUGUAUAUGCAUGUAUACCUUUUACUGUAUCUUCAGAUUGUGUAUAUAUAUCAUAUAUGUACAGGAAAAGAUUUAUAUAUCAUACAUAUUUUGUUGUAUA